UUUUUUCGCUUCGCUGUCCGUCCGCUUUGCUUCCCUAGGAACCUUAGCUUAGAGCAGGUCCGCAUAACUGGGGAUUAUUAUAUAUUUAUAUUCCUUUGUGGCAAUCCACUUACAUAUUUUUUUCGCAGACACUGGGACUCAUUCUUAAUUUGUUUCAAGUGCAUGAAGUGGGAUGUCCGCCACAGAAUGGUAUGCGCAUAAAUCCCUCGGACAUGGAGUAUUCUGGAUCCAGGAGAGGUUUUACGAAUCGGGUAACAGAGCUAACAUUUGGCUGCUUCGUGGAUCUCAUCAGGACGUCGUGAUAGACACUGGACUGGGCUUGAGGAGCUUGCCUGACUAUUUGAUUGCGACAGGUCUGCUUGGAGAAGAGUCCGAGCGGAAAAACCCUUUGCUGGCCAUCGGCACUCACGUCCAUUUUGACCAUUCAGGUGGGCUGCAUCAGUUUCAACAGGUGGGCGUGCAUGUCGCGGAGGUCGAUGCAUUGGCCAACGGAGACAACUUUGAGACCGUGACCUGGCUUUCUGACAGUGAGAUAGUGCGGGAUCCGACGCCUGGCUGGAGAGCCAGGCAAUACAAAGUCAAACCAGUUCAGCCGACUCACAUAUUACAGGAAGGUGACGUCAUCAACCUGGGAGACAGGCAGCUAACAGUAUUGCAUAUGCCUGGCCACUCCAGGGGCAGCAUCUGUCUCCAUGACAGGGAAAACAAGCUUCUGUUCAGUGGCGAUGUCGUCUAUAACGGGGCCAUGAUUGACUGGCUGCCGUACAGCAGAGUCACUGACUAUGUGAGCAGCUGUGAGCGGCUGCUGCAGCUUGUGGACAAUGAAGAGGUGGAGCAGGUCCUUCCAGGACACUUUAACACAUUUGGAGCCAAGCGACUGCACCAGAUUGCCUCCAAUUACAUUUCCAAUUCUGGCUCCUGUCACAGGUUCUCCACAUGUAUGGUCAAGUCAAUUGCCCGCCUCGCUCUGCGGGCCAAAAAUUCAAGAAGUGCAUGUUAACCUCAGAUAUUAAUGCUCCAUGAGGGUGAUUUAGGAUGACACAGUGUUAUGUGUGUCUGUUUGUGUAAUAUAUCAUAUAUAAUAUAACUUAUAAAUAUUGUAAUGUGACCUUAAAUAUAUAUAGUAUAAUAUAGUAUUGUUGCAUAGUAUAUCCUAAAAAUAUAUAGAUAUAUCUUUAUAUAUUGUUAAAGAUAAAGUGCAAAUAAACCGCUUGAAUGAAAAACGUCAAUAUUAAGGAGUCUGGGAAUAUUAAACACAUUAACAAUUCAUACAAAAUUUUCACAUUGAAUACAUGCUUACUUGUCUGCUGACUGAAACUACAUUAGGAUGUGCAAAAAUAUAGAUUUUUUGAAACAUAUGAGGUAUGCAGUAGUUUGAUGGCUCAGUGGACAAUACUGUCCCCAUGCAUCUCUAAGGAUGGGGGUUCAGUUCCUGCCCUUGGAUGUGGGUGUAUGUGAUUAUUUUCUCCAUAUUUAUUUAGGUCUCUCCUGUGUGCUCCAGAUUCCUUCCUCCUUCCAAAAAUAUGUGUUUAGGUGAACUGGUGUCUCUAAAUAUCCAUGGCGUGAGAUGUGCAUUUUUUGUUUCCUUAUUACAGAUUGAUAACGAUUUGUUAGAAGACUACAAAAUCUUCUGGGUAUGCCAUAAUUAAAUCAUUGUUUUUUUUGUUAAAUAAAGAUACAUUUAAAAGUAAAUUGCA